ACAAUAACGUUUUACAAGAGAAACCUUCAUUAAGUAAUGGGUACUUUUUAUCUUUUCACCUAAUCAAUGACGCCUGAAAGCUUUCUGGGUUGGACCAAAAAGCCACCCAGUGGAACCAAUACGAGUUUUAGUGGCUCCAAAUUGAUGGGUUAUUGACAUUUCAGUUUUUCUUUUGUUAAUAUUUACUGUUACCCAAAAACAGAGCUUUAGUAUGUUUAGUUUACAUUUUUUUUCUGGUGGGAUCUCUUUCAAGAUUAAUGCUGGCAUGUUCUGAGACAAUGUUUAUGUGAUGAAUUCGAAAUAGUCGUGUUAGCGGUAUAAAAUAAAAAAUUUGAUUGUUUAUCACUUAGCAUUAACUUUGAAGCGUUGGAAGAGUAAUGGAAUCAGAAGGUUGUGCUGCAGCCUCCUAUGGAACAUCAUCAACAUAUCAUUGAUAUAGAGGAUGAGAGUCCAAACAAUAGUACAGCAGUAGGACCGCCUGUUGUUGUCCUUAGUUCGGAUGAUGAAGACAAUGGAAGUAGGAGGCCACUUCAUAUGUAUCAGAAGCUUGUGUUGGAGCAUCCUCCAGACCAUGAUCAACAUGUCAUUAAUUUGGAAGAUGAAAAUCAAAACAAUAUUACAGCACGAGCACCGCCUGUCAUUGUCCUGAGUUCUGAUGAUGAAGACGAUGGAAGUAGGAGGCCAGUUCAUCUAAAUCAGAAGAUUGUAUUGGAGCCUGUUGGAAGAUUGCUAAAGAAAAGCAUGACGGAUUCUGUAGAGGGCAAAUAUCAGAGUAGUGAGUUGGAAACUCUGCUUAGAGAUUUCGAUAUUUGGAUAGAUAAAGAUGUAAAUGCUGGUGCAGCAGACAAUAUGGAUUGUUUAGAGAGCAAAGAUGAGAGAGAAGAGUUGAAAACUGUGUCUGGAAAAGUUGAUAUUUGGAUAGAUAAAGAUAUAGAUGUUGGUUUUGAAGACAAUAUGGUGAUUGACGAUUGUGUAGAGAGCAAAGAUCAGACAGAAAAGUUGGAAACUUCAUCCGAAAAAGUCGAUAUUGAGAUAGCUGAAGAUGCAGCAGAAAAUAUGGAUCAUGCAGAGGGCAAAGCUCAGACAGAAGAGUUGGAAAAUUUUCAUGAUCACAGCUUGUGGGGAAGGAAUCUCUCUAGUGGGGGCUUCUCAAAUCCUAAUUAUGGAUGUUCAACUUAACCCUUCAGUUACUCGCCAGGCAGUAGGCCGUGCAUUUCGACCAGGACAAAAGAAGAAAGUAUAUGUCUAUAGAUUGGUUGCUGCUGAUUCGCCUGAAGAGGAAGACCACUUUAUCUGCUGUAGGAAGGAAUUGAUUUCAAGAAUGUGGUUCGAGUGGAACGAGAGCUGUGGAGACCAAGAUUUUUAUAUGAAGACUGUUGAUGUCAAUGAAUGUGGUGAUAUGUUCUUGGAAAGUCGAUUGUUGCAGGAAGAUAUAAAAGUUCUGCAGAAAAGGUUUGUGCAUUCAUCAUGUUUUCAUUAAGCUUUCCGGAAGACAUAAAGAUUUGACUUUUUUUUCUUUUUCUUUUUUUUUUUGCUCAGGUAAAACCAUCAAGGCAGGCCCAAGGCUUUGGGGAAAAUGUAAAUAAUCUCUCUUUUUGUCAUGACUACUAAGCUUUAUACUCAUCUUUUAAGACUUAGGUCAAGGAUACCAGUAGACUCUGUAGGCCAUUUUGAACAAUGCUGACGGUGGGUAAGCAACAGCUGUGCUUGGCUUCUCUUUCUUUUGUAAAUGAAUCUGCAGAAUGGGAAGUUCUGAAAAAUGCAUGUUGUUGAGUUAGAUAUUGUAGCUGAUCCAAAUGCUCGUUAGAGCUUGUUAGCAUUUCUUUUGUAACGAAAUCGGAACUGUAUUAUGUUGCCUUUCGGGAAUUCAGCGUUGGAAAAUAAUUUAUUUUUA